GCGCGGCGGGUCCAGCUGGUGUAAACGGGUCGUGAGGGACGGAGCAGCCCGAGCACCGAGCAUGGCUGUCAGCGCCAAAGGUUGGGCGCGCCCGGGGCCGGAGUCCGGGAACAUGCCGGCAUGGAAACUCGAAGUGCUGGAGAGGAAGCGGGCAAAGAUGGGGAGCCUGCCGCCAGCAUCCCGGACUCCGGAGCAGCAGGAUUCCCCUGAGAGGAAGGCGGGCCCCGAAGAAAGGCUGGUGCUGCAGGAGAGCCUGGGGCCCCUGCACGAGAACCCGUUUAUCAAGCAGGAGAAGGAGCGGCGGCGCCGGCGCGGGGCCCCUCACUCCCCGGGCCGGGGCUCCCCCAUCCGGCAGCUGCUGGAUCUGUACAGUAACGUCCCCGGCAUCAGGACCAUCCGGGCAGAUAACAUCAUCAUCAUCGAGUCCGACCCUGCCUACUUCGGGACAGCCAGGAGCCCCUCAGAGCAAAGCCCGGGGGCCAAACCUCACCACGACCCCAUGGAGGAGCUAAUGGCCAAGAGGGGCAGUAAAGUGGCCGAGAUCAGGGCCUCUAAGGUCGUCAUCUAUGAGCCUGAGAAGGCCAAGGAGCCCCUGGGGCAGGAGGCCAGCGCCGUGCUGGAGGAGGCCGGCAGGGUCAGUCGGCUCCUCGAGAAGUUUGACCGAGGCCACAGCAAGCCGGUGAGGGCCAGGAGCUGGGAGAACCUGCUGGACUCCCGGCACAGCAAGCCCACCACGUUGCCAAAGCCACCAUCUAUGGAGCGGCGCGGCCGAGUCCAGAGCAACAAGGCGAGGAGGUCCGGAGACGUCUCCCCGUCGUCUGCCUCCCUCCUGGACGAGGACAGUAAGCGCUUCCCCUUAAACAACCCCUCCUGGUUACCCGACAAACUGCCCUCUGCCCCCUCUCUCCCAGACCCCGGUCUCUUUCACAAGAGACCCUCCAGCCCCGUGACCCCACCGGCUAGCGUUGCCCCGCUGUCUCCGAGCUCUCCGGUGGCUGGGCCUCUGCCCCCUCCCUACGAGAGCUCCACAGAUGAAAAGUUUGUGUCCCCCGUUGUGGCUUCUGUCAUUGAGAAGUUCGAGGUGGGCUCCACACGCAACAAUCUGCCCCUGCCCAAGCUGAUGGGCUUUUCCCAGAAGACGAGCAAAAACACCAUCAUGGUCAACCCAAAAGCUGCCUCUCAUAAUUACGUGAAACGCGCCGAUGGGAAUCUGUCUAAAGAGACCCCACCGCUUAUCAACGGUCACAUUGACCGUUCCAGUGAGAGCCUGAACACCGAUGGGUCCAUCAGAAUAGAAGACCUCCUGAAUAAGAGCAGGACGACGAGGAGCCCCCAGGGUCAGAAGAUAGGUGAGGGAACAGGGCAAGUGCCAUCUUCAGGUGCUUCAGCUAAUGAGAAUCUCUCAGGGGCCAACACCUGGAGGCCAAAGUCUGAGGUCAACCACUUUAAACCUAAUGCCCCCCCUGAAUCCGGUGCCACGCAGUCAGAUACCCCUUUGUCCAACCACUGUGAGCAGGGUAUGAGCAGUGCCACUCCUAGCCAGCAGAAGAGGGUCUCAGCUUCCACCAGCAGCAACGACUCCUUCGAGAUCCGGCCGGCCCCCAAACCGGAUCUGAGGAACAUCCCGGAGAGCGACGUCCAGGCGAAGGCCCUCGCCAACAUCCGCGCGCAGUCCAAGAACUCCUUCGUCUUCAUCCCCAAGAACAGGCAGGUCCCCGGCGGGCCACCGCGCCACGUUCCGGGGCAGACCACCGAUCAGCCAAAAACCACGUACAGCGCUUCUGUGACCAACGGCCCCAAGGUGGACGUCACCGACGCCCCGGCAGAAAACGGCCUCCGACCAAGCGGAGUGGAGAGCGCGUCCCGUGGGGGGGGGUUUAAUGCAAAAAAAGCAUCAAGCGUUCCUGCGCUCUCUGACUUUGACUGGAAAAGCGGUCUUUUACCCAGUUCCGCCUCCGCGGGGCAUCAUUCCUUCACAGACGUUGGGGCAGAACUGGAGUAUUUCAGCAGCGUCCCCCGAGACGACGAGGUCGUUCUGCCCGUCCCAGUCACUAAAAUCCACGACGUUCCCAUCACUAAUAUCGAUGACAUCAUCGGCUGCGAGGAGAACGAUUUGAACAUAGAGGCCAAAAUUGAUGCGGGAGAGACGGCCCCCGCGGUGCCCUCGUACCGCCCCCACGCUGCGCUGUCCUCCACGCGCAAUAAAGGGGGCAACACGUUCACUGUGAUACCCAAGAGGAGGCCGCUGAGCGAGCAGGAGGCCUUCAGGACGGCGGUUAUCGAGGACGAGGACGACGAAACCCGACCGAAAGGAACUCCGAGCGAGGCUCCCUACUCCGAGCUCGGGGCGGCGCUCAAAAAGCGCUAUCCAACCGCAGAGGAGAUCCAGGUGAUUGGCGGCUACCUCUCCCUGUCCAAGUCCUGCCUGUCCAAGGACGGCUCCACCAGGAAAAAGAUGAAGAUCUCGUUUAACGAGCAGAACAUCCACACGAUGUUUGAAUAUCCCUCGGAAGCCUCGCUGGCCGAAGAGACGGGCGAAGAGGAGCCCAACGAGGCGUCCGGCUCCGAAUCCGAGGAAGAUGAGAGACCCUCCGGCCACUUCCUUCCACGUCCCACGUUUGUCAGCAGCGGGGUCUCCAGUAAUGGCCUCCGAGCCAACUCUGCGAACUCAGGUCUCUCCAGCUACACUCCGAAGCACUCUGUGCAGUUCAGCAAAUGGCAGGAGGAGAAUCCACCCCUGGCCACGGACGGAGCGGAUGCCCAAAGAGAGAUGCUCACCCCGGCGGACGGCGACUCUCACCCCGACUUCCGCAGCGAGCCGGCUCUGUACUUCUAGAGGCGCGUCCCACGCGUUCCACGCCAGCACCUUCCCCGUCGCCCUCACUGCCUGGGCCGCCCGUCGCGUGGCCGGACUGUCCUCUCGCUGCAGAAAAUCAUGGAAAAUAGUUUUUUAUACGUCGAGUAAUUUAUAAAGCGUCCGCCCCGGCGCUCCGAGCCCAAUUUAUCGAUUUUUUUCCCCAAAAUAGCGAUAUUUCUAUUCCUGAUGUAAAAAAUGCUGUUGUUUUUUUAUGCAAUCACUAGAGCUCUGCUAAUUAUAUUAAUUAGUGGGCUGCUCGUUAGGCGUGGAUGGCUGCGUGUGAUUGGGGCAGAUGUGUGUUACGUGUCUCGCGCAGGAUCACGCCGGUCCCGUGGGUUUGUUUCCAUGUCGUCAUGGUAACGGCUGAGGCUGGACCUCUGCCUCCAUCUCCGGGGAGCUCUGAUUGAAUCCGCUGCGUGGUUGUGUCGUGAGGACACGGGUUUGUUUGGUUGUGAUGCGUGUGUAAAACGCGAUUGUGUGGGCCACGCGCUCCGCCACGGAGACGACAAACCGGCUGUUUUUACGACAAAAACAGGAAGGCGUCUGUUGGCAGCUGCAGCGCUGACGGCUCCCGGGGGGCUAUUAAUACACUCCAUUCCUCCUCCCUGUACUUUGGGUACUGGGGGUUAAAGGGUUAAUGCACUUCUAUCGCACCACUAGUGGUUAUUCCUGGUGACUGUCCUCGUGUUAAUUCGCCACUCGCCGACCCGCACUCACUCCACGGAGUGCGAGGAAUCCCGCGUGCGGAUUAGCCGUUGUGCGCAGGUUACCUGUUCGGAGAGCCCGAGGGGUUAAACCACGGAUUUUCUCUGCUUUUCAGAGUUUCUCAGGCUUUUAAGGGUGAAUCCGGCCCCCGUGUUCCGGAGAUGUCAUUUUGGUGGCACUUCAUGCGGUUCGUGGGUCCGACCCGCGGCUGUUUUGGUUCCGGGGGGUGAUCCGGACCUCGCUCCCCACACCUCAGGCACCCAAAUGGUUAAUUUCACUGUUUUCUUGUCUUCACCCUGAACUUUCUGUAAAUUUAUUUUGCACUUGAUUGUAACGUUUCUAAAAGCAAUGAAUGAAUCUGUACUCGUUAAUCGACCUUUACCUUCCCGUGGUAGCCAGCUGUGGUUAUGUGGCCAAAAUCUACCCCCCAAUCGUUGUUACCCCCCCCCCCCCCGUGUUAAAUGCACUUUUUCCUUUCCUCGUCUGUUUUGUAAACGGUUGUAGCUGAAGAUCUGGAUAUUUGUCUCGUUUAAACUGGAUUCAGUGGCAAUAAAAACAAAAAUGUAAUCAAUAUUUUCACUGCU